AUGCCCAAAUUUCCCAUUAACCUUUGGCAAGUCUCCUGGGGGGUUUUGUGGUCUGUGCUGAUAGGAGGGAGUUUGGGGGGAGUAAGGGGGUCUGUGCUGGUGUUGGGGGUCCCUGUCCUCCCCCAGCAAGUCUCUUGGGGGUUUUGGGAGGGUUUUGGGGUCUCUGUUGAUGGUGGGGGUCUCUGUGCCCCCCAGGCAAGUCUCCUGGCCUGUGAGGGGCUCUCGGGGGUCUGCCUGGUCCCCACAGUCGCCAGUAAGAAGAUGAUGCCCAAGGCUGGAAAACAGGACGGGAACCGGGAAAGAGGCUCCAGCCCUGACCUGCUGGUAUGGGAUGGGGGGGAACCCCCUGGACUGGGGGGGUCUGGCUCUAAUGGGAGGGUUAUACCUUCAAUGGUGGUGAUCGAGCAAAACGGGUCCUUCCAGCUCAAGAACUUCAUCUGCGACCACUGUUUCGGGGCCUUUCGGAGCAGUUACCACCUCAAACGGCACAUCCUCAUCCACACCGGGGAGAAGCCCUUUGAAUGCGACGUGUGCGACAUGCGCUUCAUCCAGAAGUACCACCUCGAGCGGCACAAGCGUGUGCACAGUGGGGAGAAGCCCUACCAGUGCGAGCGCUGCAUGCAGAGUUUCUCCCGCACGGACCGGCUCCUGCGGCACAAGCGGAUGUGCCAGGGCUGCCAGGGCAAGAACCCCCCUGACUCCCAGCUCCUGCUGUGAAAUUCUGGGAAUUCUGGGGGUGCUGGAGGAAGGGGGAGCCUCCCUCCUGCACUCCCCACCCUCUGCAUCCUCUGCUUCACCCGGAUUUUUCACCCUGAGCUGAGAACUCCUAAAAAAACCUGGAGCGUUCCCAGUGUGAAAAACUCGGAUCUUUCCCACCCUUCUGGCCUAAAAACUGGGAUAAUGAGCCCAAAAAUCCUCCUGGAAUCUUCAAGCUGUGCCCUCCUCAUCGUUGGAUCCCUAAAUCCACCCCACAUUGCCCCAUAGGACAGACUGGGAGUCCCCAAACUGCCCUAAAUCCCAGCAGGUUUGGGGUACCUAGGACACAGGUAGGAGGGUCCCGCUGGGAAUGACAUCUCCAAACCUGCUUUUUGGGGAGGAAAAAGGAGGAAAACUGAGGAUUUUGGGGGGUGUCUCGGCUUCGGGAGGGUGGCAAAUUCCCCCUUUUUAUGGAAAACGUAAAAAGGCAGCACUUCCCAUUCCCGCUGGAAUUCCUGUGGAUUCCAGGGACGUUUCCCCUGUUUCCACAUGGUUUUGGGGGGGCUCCCUGUGUCUCCCCCUGCACCUGUGGGGGGGGCUGCACCCA